UGAUGGACAUUAGAUCAAUGCUUUGUACGUCGUUUCGCAUUAUAACCAAGUUAAAAUAAAACCACUGCAGUUGGAUUCAGAUUAGCCUACUUUUAAAAAUGUCCAGACUUCGGACAGCUUGGCAACAGCAGCUACGUACAGUGUGAAGCAGCACCCAGAAGCGAACAAAGCGACCCGGAAGCGCUGAACCAAUUGGAGGCAGGCAGAAAGAAUACCAAUCUUUAAUAAUAAAGCAAGACAAAAUCUGCAAUCGGGACAUCAGACCAACAAUGUGUGCUAAACUGUCUAGGCAUAAAACCUCUGGCAUAAACCUUUGGGAAUGGGAUAAAGAAUAUUCAAGGAUGGCUGAGCCUCGGUUCAACAACCCCUACUUCUGGCCUCCGCCUCCCUCCAUGCCUGGCCAGCUGGAUAACCUGGUGCUCAUCAACAAGAUCAAGGAGCAGCUGAUGGCUGAGAAGAUCCGACCCCUGCACCUGCCACCCAACUCAGCCCCCUCCCAGCAAACCCUGCUGGUGGCUUCCUCCCCCUCAGACGGGGGGCAGCAGCAGCAUGGCAUGCCCAUGCCCAAGCACCAGCAGGGGCAGCACCACCCUCAGGGCUUGGUCCAGCAGCCCGACAUCGCCCUGCACGCCCGCCCAGCCUCCAGCUCUGUGCCAGUUAGAUCAGUUAACUUUAUUACCUUCAAUGUCGAUGAUGCAGACGUGAAUAUGGAUGACAAGUCAGCAGUGAAGGCCAAAGGACUGUGGGAUGAGUGGCACAUGCGACAGAUCGUAGAGCAGCCCUCUAGAGUUAACCAUCGGUCAGUCUUCAUGUGCCCAUACACAGGUCUGGCCCGGCCGGACGGCCACAGCACUUCCGAGGCCCUCACGCCCACCACACCCACCUCCAGCAGCCAGAACCGACUGGGAGGGGCCCCAUCGGUCAACAUCAUCUCCGGGCUGGCCAGUGGGCCUGGCAUGGAGCAGAUGAAGAACGGGGGCCUGGCCGGACUCCUCGGCCCUCCACCCAAGACACCCCGCGGGAGGAAGAAGAUCAAAGCGGAGAGCGGAGGGCCUCUUCUGGUGGUGCCCUACCCCAUCAUGGCCUCUGGCGCAGACCAGGGCUGCAUCACCUUCCCUGCCAAAGAGGGCAAAACGUACAGAUGCAAAGUGUGUCCGCUUACCUUCUUAUCCAAGUCGGAGAUGCAGAUCCACUCCAAGUCCCACACGGAGGCCAAACCCCACAAGUGUCCCCACUGCUCCAAGUCCUUUGCCAACGCGUCCUACCUGGCCCAGCACCUCCGCAUUCACCUGGGCAUCAAGCCUUACCACUGCUCCUACUGCGAGAACUCCUUCCGUCAGCUCUCGCACCUGCAGCAGCACACCAGAAUCCACACUGGUGACAGACCCUAUAAAUGCGCGGCCCCUGGAUGUGAAAAGGCCUUUACCCAGCUCUCUAACCUACAGUCUCACCAGAGGCAGCACAACAAGGACAAGCCGUACAAAUGUCCCAACUGCUACCGUGCCUACUCAGAUUCAGCAUCGUUACAGAUCCACCUGUCUACGCACGCCAUCAAAAACGCUAAGGCCUACUGCUGCAGUAUGUGUGGCCGGGCAUACACCUCAGAAACCUACCUUAUGAAGCACAUGUCCAAACAUACAGUGGUUGAGCACCUAGUGAGCCACCAGUCCCCCCAGAGGACAGAGUCCCCCAGUAUCCCAAUACGCAUCUCCCUCAUCUGAGCUCUCCACCCACACAGCAGUACUGUAUGUUGUUGUAUUCAUUUUCUAUGUAAGGCUGUAGUUUAGGAACCCUGCAUAUAAGGUCAUCAACACAAGGCCUACAUACAGUGCCUUUGGAAAGUAUUCAGACCCCUUGACUUUUUCCACAUUUUGUUACGUUACAGCCUUAUUCUAAAAUUGAUUUUUUUAAUAGAAAUCCUCAGCAAUCUACACACAAUACCACAUAAUGACAAAUUUAAUACAGGUUUUUUGAAUUUGUAGCAAAUUUAAAUUAAAUAAAAAACAGAAAUAGCUUAUUUACAUAAGUAUUCAAACCUUUUACUAUUUUUAUUUAUUUUAUUUAACCUUUAUUUAACCAGGAAGGGCUCAUUGAGAUUAAAAUCUAUUUUUCAAGAGCGCCCUGGCCAAGAUAGGCAGCACCAAGUCAUUACAAAAAAAUUAGACAGACAGACAACAUGAAAAACUACAAGUAAUCUAGUAAAAACCAUUGAAUUCACAAGAGUAUAAAACAGCAAAUUAAAAACAUUGACAGGUCAGGGAAUCAGCCUCAAAAUCCUUCAUCAGUGAUUUAAAAACACCAAUCGGGACAAGUUCUUCCAGUUUAAAAGUAUUUUGUAAGGUGUUCCAAGAUGAUGGCGCAGAGUAUAUAAAAGCCCUUUUAACAAAUUCAGUUCGGAUAUUUGGAACAGUUAGCAGGAUAACGUCCAGCGAACGAAGAGAGUACCCACCACAUUUAUGAACAAUAAAAAUAUCAAAAUAAAAAGGUCUCUUGACCUGAUAAUAUCUGUGCAGAAACGCUCCCCAUCCAACCUGACAGAGCUUGAGAGGAUCUGUAAAGAAGAAUGGCAGAAACUCCCCAAAUACAGGUGUGCCAAGCUUGUAGCGUCAUACCCAAGAAGACUUGAUGCUGUAAUCGCUGCCAAAGGUGCUUCAACAAAGUACUGAGUAAAGGGUCUGAAUACUUAUGUAAAUGUGAUAUUUCUGUUUUUUUGCAAAAAUGUCUAAAAACCAGUUUUUGCUUUGUCUUUAUGGGGUAUUGUGUGUAGAUUGGUGAGGGGAUCAAUUUUAGAAUAAGGCUGUAACGUAACAAAAUAUGGAAAAAGUCAAGGGGUCUGAAUACUUUCCGAAAACACUAUGCAUUCACAUGACACCUGACAUUCAUUUCCAAAGCCCUUGUUCUAUUUUGACACAGAUUGGGUCGGUUAAAUGAAAACAAACACAUUCUUUGCAAAGGUUUAUGUCAAUGGAAACAAAUGUCGGAUAAUGUCUCGCGUCGAAUAAAACUGAGCACUUACAAAGGCGUUUUGCAAACAGUGAUAUAUAGUACCAGUCAAAAGUUUAGACACACCUACUCAGCAUUUUUUUUCUUUAUUUUUACUAUUUUCUACAUUGUAGAAUAAGAGUGAAGACAUCAAAACUAUGAAAUAACACAUAUGGAAACAUGUAGUAACGAAAAACGUUUUAAACAAAUCAACAUAUAUUUUAGAUUCUUCUAAGUAGCCACCCUUUGCCUUGAUGACAGCUUUGAACACUCCUGGCACUCUCUCAACCAGCUUCAUGAGGAAUGCUUUUCCAACAGUCUUGAAGGAGUUCCCACAUAUGCUGAGCACUUGUUGGCUGAUUUUCCUUCACUCUGCGGUCCAACUCAUCCCAAACCAUCUCAGUUGGGUUGAGGUCGGUAAUUGUGGAGGCCAGGUUAUCUGAUGCAGCACUCCAUCAAUCUCCUUCUUGGUCAAAUAGCCCUUACACAGCCUGGAGGUGUGUUUUGGGUAAUUGUCCUGUUGAAAAAAAAAAAAAAAAAAAAAAUUAGUCCCAGUAAGCACAAACCAGAUGGGAUGGCGUAUCACUGCAGAAUGCUGUGGUAGCCAUGCUGGUUAAAUGUGCCUUGUAUUCUAAAUAAAUCACAGACUGUGUCACCAGCAAAGCACCAUCACACCACCUCCAUGCUUCAUGGUGGGAACCACACGUGCGGAGAUCAUCCGUUCACCUACUCUGCGUUUCACAAAUAUAUGGCGGUUGAAACCAAAAAUCUCAAAUUUGGACUCGUCAGACUAAAGGACAGAUUUCCACCGGUUUAAUGUCCAUUGCUCGUGUUUCUUGGUCCAAGUAAGUCUCUUCUUCUUAUUGGUGUCCUUUCGUAGGGGUUUCUUUGCAGCAAUUCGCCCAUGAAGGCCCAAUUCAUGCAGUCGUCUCUGAACAGUUGAUGUUGAGAUGUGUCUGUUACUUGAACUCUGUGAAGCAUUUAUUUGGGCUGCAAUCUGAGGUGCUGCUACUCUAAUGAACUUAUCCUCUGCAGCAGAGGUAACUCUAGGUCUUCCUUUCCUGUGGCGGUCCUCAUGAUAACCAGUUUCAUCAUUUUUGGUUACAUGAUUCCAUGUGUUAUUUCAUAGUUUUGAUGUCUUCACUAGUAUUCUACAAUGUAGAAAAUAGUAAAAAUAAAGAAAAACCCUUGAAUGAGUAGUUGUGUCCAAACAUUUGACUGGUACUGUAUAUAUUCCAUUAAAUGGAUUUCCAAAAUGUGCCAGACAAUAUUUACCCUUAUACGGAAAAUAAAUAGAUUUGAAAAAAUCUGGGUGUGUUCUGGUGACAUCCAAAGAGCAUCUUAAAGGGUCAAUAUGCAGUUGCUACAUACAUUCCUGGACGUAUAAAAGGUAUUCUAUGUCCCCAUUGAUUCUUGAAGAAUAUAACUUAGAAAUGCCUCAUAAGUUUAGGUCAACUUUCAUACCGCAUCAGAACCCAAAAUAUAAGCUUGUUUUACACCAAUGUUUGUAAACAAGGUAAAUGUAAACGAACACUGUAUACCCUUGAAACAAUGGUUAAAACGAUCCUUUUGAUAUCAUGGAUGGUCAGUCGUUGCAUCUAUAGCCCGGUCUAUGAAUUUGAGAGUUGUUACAUUUCUCCUGCCCCAUCCCUCAACUUUUUACCGAAACAGUGGCGGGGAAAACAUUUUGUUAUUGUUUCAACUGCGGAUUGUCCCUUUAAAGCACUUUCAGGCUUUGUGGUUUUGACUCCAAAUGUUUCCAUCUUUUCCAAUGGAAAUGCAAAAGCAUUGCUUGAGGCAGCUAAGAGUAUUGACUGUGUCUAAUCGAAAGUCUGUUUUUUUUGUUGUUAUAUUUUUGUUCAAUGCAAGUAUACAGGGUCAAACUAUAAAAGUGUCAUUUAAGCAGAAACCAAUUGGAACAAUGUGGACCAUUCGUUUGUCAGGUUGUUUCUCUCAGAGGAAUGAUGAAACAAACUAAAGUGCACCAAAAUGUAAAAAAGGAAGGAAUGUUUGUUUUGUCCAGAUCAUUUCAAUCAUUGUUUAUGGUUAAUCGAAUCAAGAUCAUAUGGGUUAUAUGACCAGACACUAAUUCAAUCAACUGAACUGUUCAAAUCAACAGAACAUUUCACCCACCGGUUUUCCUUGCGGCCAGGUAGCACAGAUGGUAGCUUUGCACCUAUGUGAGCCAAGUCAAGAUUCAUUAGGAAAGCAAGCUAACAUUAGCUAGUGUGCCAGCUUUACGGUAUUGCUUGGCACGGCCCUCGAUAGGCAUACGCAAAACUAUCGCGAUGAGUAUUACAACUGUCAUUUACAGUCAUGCCAGCGUUUGUCAAGUAACUUCCAAUGGUUCUCCUAAUACAAGCACCUGUUAGCUAGGGUGCUAAUAACAGAGAGUAAUGCUUUUGUCACUAUAGUUCUAUAAUAAGUCACAACAGCUGAUGAUGGCUCUCAUGAUUGUGACCGAGUCAGGCAGGCCUUGACAGGGGGGCAUCAAGUUAAGUGUUGCCACGUUGGUAAUGUUGUUAGGUCUAUGUUACUUGAGUAGAACAUUUCUACUCCAAAUAUAGAGAAAUAUAUAGCGAGCUUACAUUUAUUGGAGGUUAAGUAUUUUGGUAUUUAUGUUGACUUCUAGUUUGUUAUACUCUCACCUGUGUCACAUUCAAAAUCUUAUCAAGUCAACUUAAAGCUAUUGCCCAUCAAUAGAAAGUCAGUCAAUAAAACAGUUUAAACAGGACAAUAGUAUUUGAAAGUGGACCAGAAAGUGAACCAAUAUUAACCCCUAAGCCCACUACAUUCAGGAUAGAUUCAUCUUGAUUUUUCAACAGGUUUACAUUUAAUUACUGUAAAGUAUAGUCAGUAUGAAUUUGUUCAAAGGUUCAUACCAUAUAUAACUUCAUAUGAACUGGCAGUGUUACUGCAAGUGUUUCUUUCAUCAUGGUAUACACAGUAUUGUUUGUUGUAUUUUUACCUUCUGGUUGCUCAGGAUGGUACUAGUAGCUUGUAUUCUUCCAAGUUGCUUAAGAAAAGGUGCUAGAUGUUUAUUUGAGAUGGAGCUGAGAAUAUUGUUAAAUACAUUUAUAGUAUGUAAAAAAAAUAAAAAAAUAAUUCAAGCCACUGGCCUGGAAACAAACAUUUAUGCCAACAGACCCUGCCUCUUCAAUUUUAGUCUCUUCUGAGAAAAAUGAUAGGGAAAUGUACAUGUUGCUGUAUUGUAAUGAUCCUCAUUCUAGUACCAUUUUCAUAAACUGUUGUUUUGGGUUAGAGUUUUGUACAGGUAUGUUUAUGUAUGAACUUAUUGUAAUGAUUUUAGUCUAUCCGAAUAUUGAUAAUUUGUUAUUAAUAUGAAUGUUUUCAGUUUACGUAUAAGCCUUAACUAUUUUAUCAUUGAACAACCAUUUUAUUUCCAUAUUCUGUAUUGUGUUCUUCAGUAUUCAGUCUAGUAAACAUUUUUAUUUUUCCGCAUGGAAUAUCCAAACUGUAAUCUGUAUAUUAAUGAACUGUUAACCCAUAUUCUCUAUGAAAAGAUAUGAUGUGUAGAUUUAUUACACCUCUUUCUUUGUGAUUUCAUAUAAAGUUUUUAGACAACUUAAUAUGCACACAAGACUGAGAAGUAAAACUAAUAUCAAUGUUUUAAAAAAACUUUAUCUUUACCUUGUUUAAUAAACAGACAGUUAAACAAAAAAAUUGUACUGCAUAACUUUGAUGAAUAAUUUAAAACCAAACAACAGUUUGCAGCCACACAGCAUGUAAAACAUGGGUUGAAUAUUGUAUUCACCAUUCAAUAUUGCAACAUUUAUCAUCAACAACAUGAUUGUUUGACCUUCUGUUCCAAGAUAUGACCUGGAGUUUAUUCAUUAGGAACCAGACAGAAGCAAACAGUCAAAACAGGGAGGGACUAACCUGAACUUGUCCAAUAAGAAACGAAAAUUUUCAGUUGCCCAAAUUUUUGCUUCUGUUUGGCACUAAUGAAUACACCCCAGUUGCGCUUAAACUAAACAAAGGAAUCAAAUACACAUGGGAAGAUUGAAUGACCUUUAUUUAUGAAAAUACAUGUUUAUUAUCUUUAUAAAAGAAAUCACAUUUACAUUAGUACCUAAAAGUUCAUGUUAAUUACUCUAAUGAAUAUGACUGUUAAUAGCAAGCAUUAUUUGUAGAUUGAUAUUCCCUCUCAGUUUAGCAGCAGGACAGAGCAUUACACUUUAUCAUUACAGGCACCUUGAAGACAAAAUGGAGGAUUACAAAGCAUACCAUACCAUAUUAUUUAAUGUACAUUCCUUGCUGAAUCAAUCUCUAACUGCUACAGUGAAUGAUUGUAAGUUGUCAGUGGCUAAAUAAAAAGGUUAAAAUUC